AAAGUUCUAUGCUAUACAACAAUGAAUUCGUCUUUCAACCGAAUUGGAAAACUUCACUUGGAAAAUGGGCCGGCUGGACAGUUCGUGCGGCAAUGCGGGGAUCACAGUUACAGAGCAUCAUCAUGGGAUCGAUUUGACGACGACGCUGCGCAGUGAAUUGGCAGCCUUGUCCUACAAAAAGGAGCGUCUCACUGGCGAGCUAGCGGAGACACGCAGCGCCUUGUGUAGUCGCGAGUCGGAUGUGGAGAAUCUGCGUGCGCAGGCGGCGCGGCAGACGGCAUUGAUAGCCUCCCUGCAGAGUCGCCUGCAGUCGGCCGAGCAGCGGGAGCAGUCGGUUCAGGCGCGCUGCGAUGCCACCAUACAGACUGUGCAGCGCGAGAAGCGCAGCUCGGAUGAGCGCAACAAGGAGCUGUUGUGCAAGCUGCAGCAGCUGGAGGCGCACGCGGCCAGCGAGGAGUCGCACAAGGAGCAGGCCAAGGCGCAGCUCCACGAGCUGCUGCGCCGCCUGAGCCUCUGCCUGGGCCUGGAUGUGUGCGAGAGCCAGGCGGGACAUGCGACGCCCGAGUGCGUAGUGUCCCGAGUGGAGGAGUUGGUGGUCGAACUGCAGCGCGCCAAGGCCAAGGUGCAGUCCACCUGCGACACGCUCAGCUCCUGCGAGAACGAGCUGCUCAAUCUGAAGUCCCUCGCGAACAUCGAGAAGCAGCGCCUGAGCGCCCAACUGGACGGCGCCGGGAAUCACAAUCACGAGCUGGAGGGGCGUUGCCGCCAGUACGAACGGGAUUUGCAAUUGCAGCGGGAUCGCCUCACCGAGUCGGAGAUCAACGGCGAGAAGCUAAAGGAGGAGCUGCGCGGCUUCGAGUCGCGCUGCCAUCGGCUGCAAAACAAUUUGGAUCGCAUCCAGAGCGAUCGGCUGCAGUUUCUGCGCGGUCUCAGCCAUCUGGUCAACGUGCCCGAGCCCUGCGAGACGCUGAUCAAGGACAAGCUGCGCGAGCUACUCGACGAGAAUCAGGCCGUGCAGGCGCAACUGCACUCGCUGCGCGCUCAGCUGAGCAGCGAGCACGAGAAGCUGAAGGAGGCGCACGAGUCCAGCGAGUGCCGUCUGCGCUCUGGCGAGGCACAGAAAUGCGAGCUGGCCGAGCGCCUGGAGAAAUGCCAUGCGGAAAUACACACGCUGCGCAAGGAUCACAUGGGCCUGGCCGACUAUCUGCAGCGGCUGGCCACUGCGCUCAACUGGAGUGAGUGCACCGCGCCGCCCGCCCUGGGCGCCGAUACCAAUCUCAUGGCCGAUAGUCUGCUGGAACGUGCCGAGCGUCUGGCCGCGCACUGUGAGCACGAGCUGGCUGUGGUUAGCCAGGAGAAGGGCUGUUGCGAUCAUCAUCACCAUCAGCAUCAGCAGCAUCAUCAUCAUCACCAUGGACAGGGCAAGCUGCGACGCGAGCGUUCCUGCCAUGAUCUGCCGAUCAAGGAGAGCAGCAGCGUCUACACUCUGCAGCGUCGCGUUCGGGUAUUGCGCGAGCAAGUCCAGCGCCGAGAUCUGCAUCUGGAGCUGCUGCGCCGCAAGCUGGCCAUCAUCGAGGAUGGCGCGCGGGGCAAGUGCAUGCUGCAGGGUGAGCGCGAUGAGGCCGUUUGCCGUGCCAAAAAGGCAGCCAAGCAGGUCGACAAGCUGAGCGUUCAGCUCGCGGAUGCACGCACCCAAAUCGCCGAGGUCAAGGCCCAGCUCGCGGAGGCCGUCGAGUAUAAGAUCACGGCGCUGGAGCGUGCCCGCAAGAUCGAUGAGUUGAGCACACAAAUCUGCGAUCUGGAAGAUGGGAAGACCAGGCUCUUGUCCCAGCUAAAUGCGAUGAAGGAGCGCAUGAAAUCCGCCUGCGAGUCCAAUCAAAAUCGACGCUGUCGCGACGAGGCGCUAAUCAAUUCCCUGCGUGACGACGUCAGCCGCCUCAGCGCCCAGCUGUCCGACACGAAUCAACGCCUCUCGCAUUUGCAGUCCUUCCGCACAUCGGUGGCUCGCACCUUGCAUUUGAGGGAUCUGCCCGAAACGGAUCUAUUGCAUCGCCUGCAGGCUCUGUGCUCGGCCCACCAGGAGUUCACGCUGCUGUCCAAACGCUAUGAGACUGCCUCGCCCGUCGGCGAUCAUCCCUGCCCGCGUUAUGAUGACCCCGUGCCGCCCACCAGUCACUGCCGCCCGCCCCGUGAACUCAGCCCUACCACGGACGGCCAUCAUCACGGCCAUGCCCACGGGCACGCCUACACUCACCAGCAACUUCAUGGGCGACAUCAGAGGCAGCGCAGCAAAAGCCGCGAUAAGCGCCUGCAUGACGAGUGCUUCGACUCGGAUGUGCAUCGUUUGCAUCACGGCUGCAAGGAUCAGCUACUAUCCAAUAACUCUGGAGGCAGCUGCGACGAGGACUACGACUUUAAGAGCAAGUACUGCUAG